GAGAUGAGUUUGAAACGACAGCACAGGAAGUCACUUACCUGACUCCAAUCCCAGAAGUUUCAAAAGGACAUGCGGUUAUGGAAGAAGAUGGAAGUUUCAAGGUGGUGAGCUGCCUGAUCCAGGACUGCAAAGAGCCGCAGGAAGAAGAAAAGAAGUUGGAGUUAGAAGAAGUGAUUCAAGAAAGGGACCCUAUGGAAGCGCGAAGAAGACUGAGGAAAAAGAUGUCAGUCGCUUCUUUGAGGAUUCCAGAAGAAGAAUUUGCAGAAAGUAUCAAGCUGUUCCAGGCAGUUUUGGAGCAGGAUGAAGCGAUGUACAAUGAAGACGAAGAGGUCAUUCCGGCAGUGAUGAAAGGGAUGAUUGCCAUCAGAAAGGAAAUGGCGGCACUGCAAGAAGGCCGACUUGAAGAAGAAGUGCUACAGACCAGGGUAGUUUCCAACCAGGAAGUGUAUCAAAACAAAGAUGAGUGGGUUGGAGCUAUCAGAAAGGAGAUUAACAAUUUGGUGCAGAAAGGAGCAGUCAAGAGGCUGACCAAAGAGGAAGCUGCGUACUACAAGAGAGAGCAUGCAGACAAGUUGGAGGUGGUGCCAGGAAAAGCAGUACACACGAUAAAAGCACCAGAUGGUAAGAAGAAAUGCCGCCUGGUGGUGUGUGGGAAUCACCUUCAAGGAGGAGACAAAAAAGAAACCAAGGAGGAACAUGCCAACUACUAUGCAGGAGGGGCAGACACAAUCUGCCUGCGACUUGCACUGUCCAUGGCAGCACGCUAUGGGUGGGACAUUGCAGGUUUAGAUGUGGUUGCAGCGUUUUUGAACGCGCAGCUGGGGGACGUGCAUGAGAAACCACAACCAAGAGAAGACCCAACAAGAGACAGAGGCCGCAUUGUGUUGAUGCAACCACUGCGGGUUCUGGAAAGACUAGGUCUGAUCGAAGUUGGAGAGCUUUGGCUAGUGGAACGUGCCCUCUAUGGACUGAGAGAGUCGCCUCGCCUGUGGAGUGAUCACAGGGAUGGAACCCUACAUGGCAUGGAAAUACAACAAGGAGGCAGGACGUUGAAGUUGCUGCCGAGUUUUGCAGAAGAAAACCUUUGGCUGAUCAAGGAUACCAGCCUUAGAGAUGAAGGUGGAGUGCAAGGAUUGGUUUUGAUUUACGUGGACGACAUGUUGGUCAUGUCGAACCCGGAGAUCACCAACAUGGUGGUGGAAAAGAUACAGAAGACAUGGGAAGUGACCAAACCUCAAUGGGUCACUGAAACAGAGCCAGUUCGGUUCUGCGGGAUCGAGAUCUACAAGAACAACGAAGGGGAUUACUUUGCGGGACAGCAGUCCUUUGUGAAAGAAGUGCUGAAGCGCCACAACUGCAAGGAGUUUGCGGCAUCCCCUUUGAAAGACAACUUCGAGCCGGAGGAGGAGCUAGAUAGGACAAGAGAGGAGAUCCAACUGGCCCAAAAACUGGCCGGAGAACUGCUGUGGUUGGCCGGAAAGACCCGACCCGACCUAGCUUACACUACCAGCCGUAUCUGUUCAAAUGCAACCAGGUCUCCAAAAUGGUGUGCAGGAGCAGCUGCACACACCAUGAAGUACCUCAACAGAACCUGGGGUAUGGGACUGUACUUCAGGAAGAAGGGAGGGAAUGUCCUGGAAGUGGCAACAGAUGCCAGUUUUGCACCAGGUGGUGGUUUGUCGCAUGGCUCAGUGGUAGCAAGCAUGGGAGGUACGCCAGUGAUGUGGAGGUCCUCAAAACAGCCUUUCCCCUGUUUGUCUACCGCAGAGACUGAGCUGGUAGAAGCCAUCGAGGGAGUCAUAGUUGGAGACUCUUUAGCAUGCAUAGUGGAGGAGUUGGAAGGAAGAGUGGAUAAGCAGCUGGUAUGUGACAACAUGGCAGCCGUGGCUUUGUCCACCACGCGGACAGGAGCUUGGCGCACACGGCAUUUGAAAGUACGUGCGACACACCUCAAAUGGAGGGUGGAAGCUGGAGACUGGAAGAUGCACCAUCGACGGGGCACAGAGCUCGUCGCAGACAUGGGUACAAAGCUUCUUGGUGCCAACAAAACGAAGGAUCUGUCAAAGAAGAUGAAUCUGGAAUGGCUACCAGAUGUAGUAGCUUUCUCCAGAGCGAAGGAAGAAAGGAUUGAGAAAGAGGAAGAAAAAUUGGCAGAGGAACAGGACAGAGAACCAGCUGUGACGGUAUCCAAGAAGGUCUUUGCAGGAGAUAUGGAAAAGGUGGUAAAGAUCGCCACCCUCAUGGCGGUACUUCAGAAGGUAGAAAGAGUAUAUGCCAUGGACAAGAGUGAGACGGAAGAAGGAUCAGAAGUUUUGGCGGCAUUUGGCUUGUUGAUGAUGAUCCUUGGAGUGGUUUUGUACAAGUUGGUAGAAAGAAUGUGGAAGAUCUUUCAUGAGAAGAGAGAUCACGAGGAAUGCCAAGCUCGCGCCCUUACGCGCGACUCUCGCGCCCUUAUGCGCGACUCUCGCGGCCUUAUGCGCGACUCUCGCGGCCUUACGCGCGACUUUCGCGGCUUCAUGCGCGAUCGAGAACGUCACCAACUUCAUGUACGCGAAGAAGAAGAAGAGAUAAGUUGUGAAGAAGGAGAACAGACCACCGUGAAAGUGGCGACUCUGAGGAUGAGAAAAGCUGAAAAUAAAGGUUCCAAUGAAAAAAGACAGGAAGGAGGAAGCUCCGCUACCAGAAGCGACAGUCACACAACCGAGAAAGGCACGGAGGAACGACAUGACAAAAAGGGAGCACAGACAGUGCCUCCUAUGCCCGCUCAAGGACGGAGCUGUGGGAACCCUGGAGGAGAGGGAGCCCAGUCUGCUCGUCCUGGACGACGCUGUGGGAACCCUGGAGGAGAGGGAGCCCAGUCUGCGGGUCCGAGCGGAGCAGUGCCCACUCCUGGAUGGCGCUGUGGGAACCCUGGAGGAGAGGGAGCCCAGUCUGCGGGUCCGAGUGGUGCAAAGCCUAACCAAGGAGAGGGAGCUCGGUCUGCGCGUCCAGAUAGUGCAGAGAAGCCGAACCUGGUGGGGCCAAUCAUCACACCAAAUGGGAGGAGAUUCCAUAGAAGCAGUGGAUGCCCGACGUUGGCACAGUCUUGGAAAGGAAGAAAGCCGCUUUGUGGUGAAUGUGGCGACACCUACUUGGUGGCUGACGUGAUGAUGAUGGAUAAGAACCAGUUAGUCCAUACGAAGAAGAAGUGCCCUAAGGUUGUGGGAGAGCUGAUCGGAUAUGACGCAUGCCAAAGGUGUGCUUAGCGGCUUGGGCCUAGAGAGCUCAAAAUUUUCCAGAAAGCAGGAUUGCAUGAACAUGUCAAUCCUGGGAGGAGUGCAUGGAUGUCAGACACUCCAAUUUGAAACGUGAAACAGCAUGUUCAGUUGUGUAGGUUUCAGUCUUGCUGAGAAAGUCAGAGAAGAUUAGCACAGCCACCUGCACAGGAUGACACGCCAAAUCGAGACGGCAUAGCCGCUUUGUGGUUCAAAA